AUGGCCAACGUCCCCGCCCUUGGGAUGAAGUCCCUGAAGGUGCACUUGGAGGUCGAGGGGGCGGACAGCGAGAAGAUCGUGCAGGUCUUCGACAGGGUCCGCGGCCACGACUCGGGGUGCAAGAAGGUAAAGCAUGCUGUUGCCGUUGUCUUGAACUACCAGGGGGACAUCGACUUGGCCGCGGCACGGGAGGCCAUGCUGGUCAACGACUACAAUGGCUUGCCAGAGCCUCUGCGCCCCAGAACAGGUCGGGAAGCGUUGUACACGAUGCAGGUGGUGCUAGCGCCCCCGGGCGAUGGCGAGGGCGCAGACAUCAUCAAGUACUUUCUGUUCUCGGGUCCGCAGCCGUUGGUCGAUGUCGAGAGUCGCCUCUUGUGCGAUGGCGAGGUAUUGGACGCGCUAUCCUGGGGCAAGGGAGGUGACGUCAAGACGCCGUGGAAAGUCUUGGUCUACAUGAUGGAUCGGCUCAGUGGCACGCACUUUCGGUACCACUUACCCCCACAGGCGAAGGGCGCAAAAGAUAAGAAUAAGUGCAUUCCUCAGGACGUGAUUGUUUCCCAGUGCCAGUUUAUUAAGGACAACGCCCCGCGCGGUAACUUCGAUUGCGAGCAGGUGAUGUGGAUCGACUUCCAGCUGAACGACCCGCAGAGCCCCGUCCACAACUGGAAGGGGGGGAAGGUCAAGGAGGUUCUCUCGCACAUCAGGGAUCAGAGCAUUCAAGCGAAGAAGAUCACGUAUCACCCCAUCUUCAUCUUCGACUCGGGGGACGAGGGCGUCGAGCGCGCGAAGCGCCUCGUUCCUACUUUCAAGAUCCAUUCCUGCCUCAUGGUCGUCGAGCCUGGCGAGAGGAAGACGCCGUACCUAAUGACGAUGGCAUUCGCCAUGGCCGACUACCACGCGGACAAGCAGGGCGACCGCAGUUUGGCAUCGCACCGAGAGGCGCCAGACCUAGACUUCUUCAGGGCUGAGGAGGGCACGAAGAACUGCCCGUGCGCUUUCUUGGACGUCGGCCAGUUCCAGGCGAUGACGAGGGAGCGGUGGGGGGCAGCCAAAUUCGUUCGCGGUCAGGCGCGCUUCGCCGCGGAGAACAUGUACGACGAGACGGCUGUUCCCACCAUGGACGCAUGGCGCGGCGCGUGCGUAUUGUCUCCAGCUGAGGCCAAGAAGAAGCGGAACCAGUACUUGUUCGACAUGUUGAAGCGUACCUUUCCCAAGGACAUGUCCAAGGCGAACGUCGCGGCCCUCUUGAAGCGGUCCUCCGUGGUCGUGAACACCCCCGAUGACGCGUUCGAGCGCUUGGCGGGGCUGGACUCGGACGCGACGGGGGCUCCGAAGGUGGGCCAGUACAUCACCGCGGCGGCGGGCAAUAUCUUGUACGACUACAUCAAGGACGGCGCGAUGCGGGACGCCGGGGAGCACCGCGCGCUCACGGACAAGCAGCUCCGCUUCAUGAAGGCGCUGCUGGACAUGGGGGCCGCGCCCGUGCCUCUCGCGGUGAAGAGGGAGCUCCUUGACGACGCCGAGGGCGGCAGUGGUGCGGCGGCCAGCGAGCCCCUCCCCAACUUGCCAAAGCGCGUCCGCUGGGCGAGGUCAUUCGGGGCCAUGCCGCAGGGCGAGAUCGACCUCUCGACCCCGCCCGACGCGCCCCCUGGCGCUGCCGCCGAGCCGAGCUCCCAAGACAUCGCCGCUGC